UUCCACUUUUCUGAACUUGGACAUCUGCCUGCGUGAAAAGACCCCGAGGCGCGGUCACCAGGGAGGACUCGGGCGCCCGGCACGCCCCAGCCCCGCGCGAACUGCGGCCACGGGGCCGAGGAGACGGCGGCCGGCGCUCCUUUACCUUUCCUGGAUUUGUGUUUGCUUUUGGAAAGUCCCAUAGGUGAGCCCACCGCCCCCGCCGGCGCAGCCCGGCACUCCGCACCUCCGCGGGCGCCCAGCCCGACUGACUCACAGAUGGUCCGCGGCCGAGCGGCACGGGUCACCACGGCAACGCCCCGCCCGCCGGACCAGCGCCGUGCUCUCGCGAGAGCUGCCGCUCGCCGGAAGUGGGCGGCGACCCCGGAAGUUCCCGCGCGGCGGAGCUGGUAGGGGCGAUCGAGUCGGACCCGGGAUCCCGUGCGUCAGUUCCUGCGAGGGCUGCCGCUGCCGGACCCGCCAUGGACGAUACUCUGUUCCAGUUGAAGUUCACGGCAAAGCAGCUGGAGAAGCUGGCCAAGAAGGCGGAGAAGGACUCCAAGGCAGAGCAGGCCAAAGUGAAGAAGGGCAGAAGGGAAACUGGAGGACUGGCCCCAGUCUGCUCCUUCAUCUUCCUCCACGGACCUGCUUGCUUUGGCGUCAGCAUCUGCCACUGUGGUUUUUGUGAGUUCCUGUGGUGCGGACAGCUGAAGAGACUGACGAGGGCUCUUCAGCAGAAGAACGUGGAGUGUGCCCGUGUGUACGCCGAGAAUGCCAUCCGCAAAAAGAAUGAAGGCGUGAACUGGCUCCGCAUGGCAUCCCGCGUGGAUGCAGUGGCCUCCAAGGUGCAGACCGCCGUGACCAUGAAGGGGGUGACCAAGAACAUGGCGCAGGUGACCAAAGCCCUGGACAGGGCGCUCAGUACCAUGGACUUGCAGAAGGUCUCUGCGGUGAUGGACAGGUUUGAGCAGCAGGUGCAGAACCUGGAUGUGCACACAUCGGUAAUGGAGGACUCCAUGAGCUCGGCCACCACACUGACCACACCGCAGGAGCAGGUGGACAGCCUCAUUGUGCAGAUCGCCGAGGAGAACGGCCUGGAGGUCUUGGACCAGCUCAGCCAGCUGCCCGAGGGCGCGUCUGCCGUGGGCGAGAGCUCCAUGCGCAGCCAGGAGGACCAGCUGUCUCGGAGGUUGGCCGCCUUAAGAAACUAGCCGAGCCCUCCUGCAGGGCCCUGCUUCCCUGGCCUUGACGUGCAGGAAGGGCCGGGGAGGAGGGCUCCAUCUCUCUCCCCAUGCCUCUUGCCUUUCUGCACACCCUGCAGCGUGGCCCUUCCCUCCAGGCCUGGGAGUUGUCCCUCUUAGCAUAGACGGUGGCUGUGUGUCCUGGUGGGUGAGUUUGCACAAACUUCUGACUUCUGUGAGUUAUUUCUGUGACUCUGGGCUGACCAGCUCAGGGUUCUGCAGGCCCCCCUCUGUCCUCCCACCUUCUGAGACGUUGACGGGGACUGACCAGUGGGUGCCAGCCAGGUGGGCCAUGGGGGCUUUCAGACUCCGUGUCAUGGCAGAUGUGCUGCUAGUGGUCAGCCAGUGGGGUCAGGACUGCUUCCUGCUGCCAGGCACCUGGAGGCCAGCUGAUCCCCGGCAUCAGGUGCCAUGCUCCAAGUCAGGCAUGCCCACCCAGGAGGCCCGCCCACAUCCUCGUUCCACUGCUGCCUCUGGAGGGCUGCGAGCCCCAAGGGGUGUGCUGCGUGUCCUGUAGGAACUCAGGUCUGCACUGAGGUCCCUCUCAGCGAGGAGCAGGUGGUCUCACGGUCCUGCUGGGGGUCCUGUGUCUGCGUCGUUCUUUUCUGUACUGUAAAUAAUGGGUCCCUCCCCCCCGCCCGACUGGUCUCUUCUGCCUGUGGGCUCACACCUUGCGACCUGGAAGCCAGAGGGGCUUGCGUGCUCGGAGAGGCACCCCGGGGGAGCCAGUUUUGGGGAAGCCGUGGCAGCCGCGGCCGAGCAACUAGCAGCAGCUCCUCCCUAUGAGUUUCUGGGACAGCAGCAGUUCCCGUGAUUUUCAUUUCCUGAAGUUUACUUUGUUUUCUUGAAGCUUCCAGGGUUUUUUCUUUUUUUGCCAAAAUACAAGGAGCAGACAGCAGUGCACCCUUCAUUGGGUCCGAGCCCCCUUUUGUUUGAGCUGGUGAGAACUUCAUGGUUGGUAGUGAGUGGGGCUUGGCUCCGUGUACAGCUGACCGCCCGACCAGCCUUUCCCAGAGGCCUCCGGCUGCCCAGGCUGUCCUCACACCAGUGGCUCUUGUGAGCAGACAUGUUGGAGACCUUCACCGUGACUCGCCACAUGUGAUUCUUCUGGACUUGCUUGUCCCUGGGCAUUUGGGGCAGUCAGUUGCGUUGGAGCUGCCUUGAUGCUCGAGACUGUGGUGUGAGACCCCAGAGGGCGGGUCAGUGUGCUGUCUGGCUUUUCCUCCACAAUGCCGGCCUCGCCUUACUCCCUGGCUGUGGUCUCUCCGGGCACCCACGUGCUGGGUGUUCAGAGAAGAUCCUGACUGUCCCGGUGCCUGGUGGGUGCAGAGGUCCACAGCUGUGGCUCAUCAGAGAGCAGUGGGCAUGUUUGCCCAUUUUCCUAAAAUGCUGUUGUGAGUAAACAAAUUGAUCCCUGAGAACUUU